GCCGUGGGACCGUCUGGCGAGCGGGUGACGGGCUCGCACCCGCGUCUCUCGUGAGAACGUGCCUCGACUUCUCCGACGCGCCGUCGCGGGGGUGGAAUGCGGCUCUCUUCUCCCCGGAAAGUUGGAAAUUUUGAAACCUUGACCGGUACAAGGGUGUAUGCGUGUCUGGCGACAUUCAUUGGGUGAGAUAUCGAGUGGUAUAUCAAUUCUCGAAUAUCAAUCGGCUAACGCACCCAUUGUGGGGUGGAAACGUUGGAUUAUUGUAGGUAAUCGGGAGCUGCUUAUAAAAUUCCUGUAUUAAAUUUGUAGAACUGCGGAGUGGUCCAGUGUCGACAGGUGUGCACCCAACAAACGUGUCUGCACCCAACAAUCAGGGUCGGUGUUUAAAAGUGGAAGGCCAAGUAGGUUGAUCUAUGUGCCUUCAUUUUGGGCUCAUAAAUUAGAUGUAGAAAGAUACAGUCGCGUUUUUGAGUAGAAGACAGGAUGGCAAGGAAUUGUCGGUGACUCUCCAAUAAGAAUCCACUCCCUCUGUUGACCCUAUCGAUGCCAACGCCAAGGAAACUCCAUUUUCGGAAAAUCACCAAAGUUUAGGAAAGUUCUAAGCGGAUAGCACUUGUACGAGUGACCCCCAGAGAAUAGCGAAGUGUGGGCAACAAUAAAUAAUGUAUGUAAAUCGAUGUAAUUGGUGUAUAUAAAAUCAACAAAAAAGACUGAAGGUAAAUAGCAACAACGACGCCAUCAACUAUGUCGACGUGUGUUAAACACUGACAACGCUCUGAAAAGUGAUCUCCAGAGACCAGCAAAGUAUUGGCAACAAUAAUCACGUGUACGUGAAAGGUCGAUGUAAUUAAUGUACAUAAAAUCGACUAACAGGGCUCUCGAGCUGAAAAACAACAUUAACAAUGUCAACACGUUGGAUGAGGAUCAGCGGGUAAUGUUGACAAGAAUAAACAUGUGUGCGUGAAAGAUCGAUGUAAUUGGCGUACAUGAAAUGAACUAAAAGGACUCCGAACCUGGAAAGCAACAACAUUAACAAUGUCGACACGUGUGGGACGCGGGUAGCUCCAACUCUAAUAAGUGACCCCCACAGAAGAUGUUCACACGAGAUUGAACACGUGUGCAUGAAGAACCGCGUAAAAAUGAUCUGAAUAACCCUGAGUAAGAAGACUUUGGAGCCAAAACAGAAGAGCAGCGACAACAAUUCUGGGUUCCUAAGAGAGUGUCAAGGGAGGCCAGUGGUUUUCCUGCCAGCAAGGCACGCGUAACUGGACCCAGAGGUUUUCCCUCUCUUCGAGCCGAUCCUCGGGAAGACGGAGGACAAAGGAGAGAAGACGAGCCCUGGAAGAAAGAGAGAGGGAGAAAGGCGCAAUGAGCGUAUCGAUUGCCCUGACCGCGUAGGCUCUCCUCUCGCGUUGUCGCGGGAAAAGCCGAGCUGGAUGACUCCUAGGUAGCUAAUCAAGAUGUAAAUCCAGGGUUCUGAUCGUUCUGAUCAAAGUUCAUCACCGUUGCCCAAAAAUCGAACUCUGUACUUGCUUCUUCGUGGGAUAAGUCGAGCUGAACGAUUCUUCGGCAUCUAGCCAAGAUGUGAAGUCAGGAUCCUGAUCGUCCGAAUUAUUGAUCAUCUCUGGUGGGAACGACCGAGCUGAACGACUCCUGGGUAGCUGGCCAAGAUGUGAAUCCAGGAUCCUGAUUAUCCGGACCGCCGUGCACUCAAAAUUCGAAUCCAGGCCUCGCGAUGUUGACUCUGGAGAACAUGGACGGUUCCCCAAAGCGUCGGUCCACCUUCUAUGUGUCUCUAGAUGGAGAAUCGCGACCACAGUCGGCAAAGACCCCGAAACUCGCCAAGAGCAACACCUCGACUGGUCUGGAGGACAAGUUCUCCUGCAACACUUUCCCCAUAGGGACCUCAAAGACCAUCCUGACGAGGACCUUGAGCAACGAGGGCCUCGUUGGGGAUGAUGGGGUUGGUGGACCUCCAGAAUCUUCCGGCAAAGUGCAGUCCUUGACCAGGAUAUUCGAGGCCCCAAGGUGCAGUCUAGCCGAGGCUCUGGAGCAAAGGAAGAAGGUCGAGAGGACAAGGUCCUUCAAGACCAUCGAGAAGUUCCAGAACAGGCUCGCGGGGAGAAGGGACACCAUUGGGGAGAGUCCUGGCACCGAAAGACCAGACUGCAGGCUGAAUGUAACCCUGGGGUCUUUCGAGGAUAGGACUGCACCUGAUCCUGGUAAAGGACUCAUCUGCAAGGAACGGAAUCCCGUCCGCGGAAAGGACGCGCGACAACCUACGGUUUCUAGAACGGAAAGGACCAGGAGUAUCGAACAGAAACCUCCGAAGCAGAAUGUCGCUUUUGGGAACCUUAUUCGCAGGACUCAUAGUACUAAGCUCGCCAGGAGCACCAGCACCUUGGUCAGGACCUCCGGGAAGUAUGCCUCUGCUGAAGCGGACGCCUCUGGACGUCGCGACGCCGACAGAAACGCCGAAGAUGGCUCGGUUGGCCCUGAAGAGGACGCCGGAGUGCACUCAGAUACCUCCUAUGAAAAAGCCUGCAGGAGGGGCAGCGCCCCGGCCACCCCGGUCCUGGGAGCCCGGCCUCUGGACGUGACGCCGAAUCGAAUCGUCAAUUUCUUCUCGAAGAGGUCCUUCCGGUCGAACCCCCUGAAGAGGACGAAGAGCGUGACGAAGUUGGAGCGACAGAAGCAGCGAGGUGCCGGACUUCGCGGGUGUCGGUCGCACGAAUCGCUCCUCUGCGGACAGGCCGUCACCUCGAUGGACCUCGCUGCUGUUACCCCGUUACAUCCAAGCCUACUCGGUCGGCCACACUGCUUCCAGGUGACUCCCAGCAACGGGGGACCCAAGUACUUCAGCUGCAGGACCGCCCACGAGCGGGACCAGUGGCUGCACAGCUUGCGGAAAUCGGUCCAGCCCGAUGCCGAGCAGACUCGAAGAACCGACAACUCCCUACAAAUCUGGCUGCUGGAGGCAAAAGGAGUACCGGCUAAAAAACGGUAUUUCUGCGAAGUUUGUUUGGACAAUACUCUUUAUGCACGCACCACGGCAAAGCUAAAGGCCGACCUUUGCUUCUGGGGCGAGCAUUUCGACUUUCAUCACCUGCCCUCGGUCAACACCAUCCAAGUCAAUCUCUACCGAGAGGCGGACAGGAAGAAGAAACGAGACAAGAAUGUCCUCAUCGGUUCAGUUAGCAUACCGGUACACAACGUGACGUCACGAUACCUGACGGAAAAAUGGUACGCGGUGGUGGGCGACAAGGGACCGUUGAAGGAACCUCCAGCCUUAAGGGUGAAAUGUCGUUUCCAAUCGGUCGACAUCCUACCGGUACAGGUGUAUCAAGAAUUUCUAGAGUACCUGAAGACCGACUACGCCUCGCUCUGUGAGAAACUCGAGCCGGUGAUCGGUGUUAAAGCUAAAGAGGACAUCGCCACUGCUCUCGUGGCAGUGAUGCAACGAGAGAAGAAGGCCCCUCAAUUCCUGGCCGACUUGGUCAUGAUGGACAUCCAUAAAGUAGACGAUGAGAGGCUGACAUUUCGAGGGAACUCGCUGGCAACAAAGGCAAUGGAGGCGUACCUUAAACUGACCGGAGAUAGGUACCUUCAAGAAACCUUGGGAGCCGUUGUCCGAGGAGCCGUCGAAGGUGGCGACUGCGAAGUCGACCCCCUUAAGGUUGCCUCGGUCGCAGCUCUCCACAAACAGCAACAAAACCUCCGAGCUGCCGUGGAACUCGCGUGGAGUAGGAUACUCUCAAGCCACGCACACUUCCCUUUGGAAUUGCGAGAGUGUUUCAGGAUUUUCCGGGAAAGACUUGCGGAAAUGGGAAGAGAGGACAUCGCCGACAAUCUUAUUUCCGCCUCGAUUUUCCUCAGAUUCCUCUGUCCCGCCAUACUCAGCCCGUCUCUCUUCAAUAUUACUCACGAAUAUCCGAACGAGAAGGCGGCGAGAAAUCUCACCCUCGUGGCGAAAACCCUACAGACACUGGCCAAUUUCACCAGAUUCCAGGGCAAGGAGAACUUCAUGGAGUACAUGAACGACCUCCUGGAGCGAGAGGCAUCUGCCAUGAAGAAUUUCCUGCAGCUUAUUAGCAGUCCUCUGCCAAAAGACGCGCCAUCGAACAACUCCUUAGAAUUCGACGGCUACAUAGACCUUGGCAAGCAACUCUCGUUGCUGCACGCUCUCCUGCGCGAGAGCGUGGCAGCUUCGACGUCAUCAUCGCCGUCAUCCCCGCCAUCCAGGUUGCCGGAAAUCCUGGAGAGGAUUUCCCUAGCUCUGGACCAACCUGGCCCGAGUCCAGUCCCAGCUUCCAACCGGUACCCGAAUCUCCAGAACAACAUCUUCCGCUACAACGAUCCAACCAUCGCGAACAGCAACACGAAUCUCUCCAUCUCUGCCACGUCAACGCUGAGCAAUCACAGUACAUUAAACGGAACCACCAGAGACAGCAACGAGAUUCUACAAACGAACACCCUAGGACACAACAGUUCCCGCAGUCCAAACGUAAUCCGAGCAGCAACAUUGCCAAGGAACGCAUACAUGCCAACAAACGGCAAACUACAACUCCAAAUCAGCACCGAUGACUAUCCAUUAGAACCCCCAGCGUUCGUUUCUCGUUCCCCAACGCCAGUUUCGCGACAACAUCGGCCAUUAGCCUCGAAUCGGUCAGGAGCGGGCUACAGAUUAACUGCCAGUGCCAGUCUGGCCAACGUUAACCACUGCCAAACGCAUCCGACUAGUCCAACAAGAUCGGAAAGUCACAGCAACCUGAAAGAUUCGAAUUAUAACAUCACUGGUCAGGGCAAUCCGACAAACAACGCGUCCCUAAGUCAGCACCACCGGCACAACAUCGCCAGGUUGCAGAGCCUAGACAUGCACGACCAGGACAACUUCAACCACAACAGCUACAACGUCUCCAGGUCAGGAAGUCGGAAUCAUUGUCACAGAGAGGAACACGCGAACCAGACCCAGAACUACAACAACGUCUCCAAGACGACCAUCAACGCGAACAACCAGCCGAAUCUGACUCUGCCGAUCAAUCAGCCCAACAACAAUUACUCCAAAACUGGGAACUUGACGGGAGCUAAUGGGAAUCUGGACGAGCUUUCGGAUCUUCUCAGAUAUGCUGAUGAUGAAGUGUCGGAGUCCAAGUCCCAGAAGGGCUCCCAGAUCUCCAUCUCGCAGCUCAGCAAUGUCGCUUCUUCAGGGUACCAGAGCUUCGCUGCCUACAGUCAAAGCUCCAGUCCUGUUGAUCUUAGCAACAAUGCCAAUGCACAUAUCAUUAACACCGCACCUUUGGCUUUUGCUAAUCCUGUGUAUCAUAUGGAAGCGACUCAUGGUAGGUCUGGACGAAGAGGAAGUAGCAGUUCAGAAGAGAGAGAUGGAAGUGGUGGUGGUGUUGAAGUUGUUAGAGGUGUUGAUUUGAGCCCCUCACCGCCACCACAACCUAUGAGAAAUGUACAGAGGAAUGGACAGAGUACUCAGUGGAGGCAGGGCAAUGUUGCUCAUAGGACGAAUUCAGAACAACCGCAACCCAUUUGUUGUCCGAAACUUAGAAGACGGCUUUCUUUGGACUCUACUCGCGAUCUUUCUGAUACCAGUGAAGAAGAGAGUUGCGCCACCAGGAGGAGUAAAUCUCGGAGUCAUCGAAGCAUCGACCAGUACGAAGUCGAAAUCGAGAGGCUGCAGAGUAGCGUAGAUCGACUGCGAGCUCGUCUGGGAGCCACCGAAGAUGUCGAUGUGGACGGCGUUGCACCAGACACAAAGAUGAAGAGCAUCAUUUCCAGGUUAAUCUCUGUGGAGGAGGAACUGCGACGCGAGCAACAGAAGAUGUCGGCGGCAUUGUCGUACAAGCAGCGCGUGAUAGACGCGCAGGAGCAACAAAUUGCCGCUUUGGAUGCCGCAAAUUCGCGGCUAAUGUCGUCGAACACAAGAUUGUUGUCUGCAUUGAGUACCCUGAAACAACGGUACAAUGCCAAGACCCAAACGAACAACGAGACCGCGGGUUUGUUGCAGAACAUCGCUGAUAUCGGAGAACUAAAGAGUUCAUCCUGCUAAGAGAACCUUUGUGACGACCUUAAGGAACGCAGGAGCAGGAAAUUCGCAGAUUGUUGUCUGCAUGGAGCAUCAUAAAACAACGGUACAAUGCCAAGAUCCAGUCAAACUAGGAAUGCUGAUGAGCAUCGCUGAUACCGGUGAACUAAAGAGUUCGUCUUGCUAAGUGAACCUCCGUGACGACCUUAAGGAACGCAAGAGCAGGAAAUUCUCACAUUAUGUUGUCUGCAUGCAGUAUCUUAAAACAACGGUAUAAGGCUAAGAUCGAGCUGAACAGUUAGAUCGCAGAUUUGUUGCAGAACAUCGCUGAUAUCGGUGAACUAAAGAGUUCGUCCUUCUAAGUGAAUCUCUGUAACAGGUGCAGGAGCAGGAAAUUCUCAGUUUAUGUUGUUAAACAUAAGCCUUAUCCGCAUCGAGUAUCUUGAAACAACAGAAUGUCAAGAUCCAGCUGGACAAUUAAACCGCAGAUUUGCUGCAGAACAUCGUUGAUAUCAGUAAACCGAAGAGUUCAUCCUGCCAAGAAGUGAACCUGUCCAGCGACCUUCAGGAACGUACAAACAUCAAAUUGCCACAAAUUCGCAGUUCAUGUCGAACACAAGACUGUCCUUGUCGUCUGUAUUAAGUACCCUGGGACAACGGUGAACUGGAAGUUCAUCCUGCCAAAAAAUGAACCUUCGCGGCGAUUUUAAGAAGCGUUGGUUACCUAUUUUUGCUUGUCCGCGAUAUCUUUUUGUCGAAAGUAGUACUUCUGAGCUUCUAGAUUUGCGUGAACCUGGAUUUGAAACAGAUUUGAAUCCUUUAAAAAGAAACGAUAACGUUAAGGCAAUGUGAAAGUGUCGUCAAAGAAGUCUCGUCCAUGAAACUUUUCCCCGAACUGAGUGCAUCGAAUCGUUUUAAACUUUACGAUGUGAAUAUAGAGGCUAUAUGGAAGGUCCUAACACCCAUGAAACUCCAAUUUUUAUAAACAAGUUUUUUAAACGUAUAUAAACAGAUUGAAAGAAAUUGAUAUUUCAUAGGUGUUGGAACCUUCCUUAAGGUCUUCAUAUUUAUGAAAGUAAAAUUUCAAGCGAUUUGGUACUUACGAUUCGGAGAAAAGUUUCGUAAACUAGAUUGAGACGCCGGUUUCAUAUCGCCUUAAAUAAAACGUUGUUUUGGAGGGAACUUUGAAAGCGAUGGACCUUUCCCGAAAUUCAGCUUUAGGUAGUCCUAGAAUAAAAAAGACUUGAGUUAUUUGUGGAAACAAAAAUCGUCGAAAUACCCGGUUGAGCUGUUCUAGGUUUGUGUUAACCUAAAAGGCGAGAAAAAUUGGGAUAUCCAAAGAAAGAGGUUAGACUCUUGGCUCAUGGCGGACGACUAGAAGACUUAUUUCGAGUACGAAAUAGAGGCUACCUAGAGAAUAGACACGAAUCGAUUGCCGUAGAUAAUCGUUGGUCGAAUUAAUGUCAAUGUAUAGGCUAGGCAUAAGUUAUUUGUACAUGAGUGGAGAGGAGGAAGCGGACUUUUUCAAGAAAUUGUCGAUUCAUGCUCGUCAAUAUCUCACCUCGACUUGGAUCUGUGGAAAUUGCUCCACUCACUUCUGUACCUUCGAAAAUCUCACGUCUUUGAAUCGUUCGAUCAUGAAACGAAUAAAAAGACGUUUUUCUUAUACACUUGAUUUUAAGGCGAUAUCAAAAUGGCAUCUGACGACUCAAUUGUUCGUGAAACUUUUCUCUUUUUUGGAUGUUCCAAAUCGUUUCGAGCUUUACAACAUGAAUAUGGAGACUCUGAGGCAGAUCCUGACAUCCAGAAAAUUUCAUUUUAUGUAAACAAUUUGAAAUAUUUAUUAACAAUGUUUGAAAAAUAGAAAUUUCAUGAAUGUCGGGACCUUCCUUGCAGCCUCCAUAUUCACGUUGUAAAGUUUGAAAUAAUUUGGUACAUCCAAUUUUGAGAAAAGUUUCAUAAACGCCUCUGACGCCACUUUCAUGCCACCUUAAUUAACACCACAAUUGACCACCUCUCGACUCCUUUAAACGAAUCUGCGAAAUACCAAAUACAUGUAUUACGUUCCGCCACGGGCUGGGAUUCUCAAAAUUAUUUAUAUUUCAUCACUGCGAGAAAUGUGCUUUUAUCGCAGCAUUUACAUUUCACAGGAAGUAUUACAAUAAUUAAUCUAAAUUGACAAGGCGUUUUAAGGGGGUGUGAAAGUGGCGUCAGAGGUCUCGUUUAUGAAACUUUUCUACGAAUUGGGUGUACCGAAUCGUUUCAAACUUUACAAUGUGAAUGUGGAGGCUAUAAGGAAGGUGCUGAAACUCAUGAAAUUCCACUUUUUAUAACAACUUUUAAAAAUAUCUAUGAUCAAAUUUAAAAAAAUGAAAUUUUAUGAGUUUCAGGACCUUCGUUAUAUCCUCCAUAUUUAUAUU